AAGAUUUCCGGGUGCGGGGUAGCUGAGAUCACACUAAAGUACAUAAAAAAGGCAUCAACCCAAGGUUGGUACCAAACUGGAGAUCAUUUCAGUCAAGAUGAAUCUCUGGAUCGGAGUGACACUUUUGUGUCUUUCAGUCUCAUAUUCUCAAGGUUGUGGAAACAAACCAUUUUCAGCUAGAGUCGUGAAUGGGGAAAAUGCCACUCCACACUCCUGGCCCUGGCAGAUUUCUCUCAGAGUAAAUGGACGUCACAUAUGUGGAGGAUCUCUCAUCGAUAGGGAAUGGGUCGUGACUGCCGCCCAUUGUGUGGAUAGAAACCCGAGACCGAGUGGAUACACUGUAGUCGUGGGAGCCCACCGUCGAACAGGAUCAACACAAGUGCAGAGGACCUUUCGUUUGAGACAACUGUUUAAACAUGAAGGAUUCAGUAUGAGAAAUCUGCGAAAUGACAUAGCACUUCUGCAGCUUGCUGGGUCUAUAUCACCCAGUCCUAAAGUCAACACGGUGUGUUUACCAGCUUCUGGGAGUCGGAUUCCAGCAGGAUCGCAAUGCUAUAUUACAGGCUGGGGAAGAACUGUUGGAGGCGGAAAUGCAGCGGACGUUCUCCAACAGGCUAUGCUGCCAGUUGCCUCACACCGUGACUGCAGCAGAGUCAAUGGACGACUGAUUCCUGUCGAUGAGAGAUCAAUGGUAUGUGCUGGACGCCAAGGAAAAGGAGGAUGCCAGGGUGACAGUGGCGGGCCUUUUGUUUGCAAUGAGCGUGGACGAUGGGUGUUGAGAGGUGCUGUGAGCUGGGGUCAUUCGCAGUGUAGGACAGAUCACUACACGGUUUUCGCUCGUGUAAGCAGCUUCAUUAGCUGGAUCAACAGCAAGAAGUCAGGUGGAGGUGGAGGUGGAGGCGGAGGCGGAGGCGGCGGAGGCGGAGGAAGUAAGCAAACCUCAAUAUAAUAUAUAAUGCAUGAU